AUGGCUGAUCAUGAUAAGAAGAAAGCUACCGGUGGGUAUAGCUACAUAAAAAACAAAAACAGUAAAUUGGAGGGUUCAUCAUCAACAAUUGACGUGCAAGCUUUGAGUUUGCACAAGAAAAAACAUGUAAAUAAAAACAAUAAUAAUGGGAAUAUUAUUGACAAUAAUAAUGGUAAAAAUGAGAAUAAUAGUAAAAAUAAUGCUGAACAUCAAAAUUUGAACGAUGAAAAUGCUAAACCUGUUAUAAAUGAUUAUGCUUGUAUGGUUAAGUUUGAAAAAUCUCUGAAACAUAUUUUACAGUCUUUUCAAAAUUGUGAGAAAUACGAAAAGUUGGUCAUUGCCAAAAAACAGAAUGAAAAGGGUGAUAAUAUUGAAAUAAAUGUCAAAAUUGAUGACAGAUGCAAUUAUGAUGAAAAGUCAGAUUUUCUAGAGGACAAUCUCAAUGAAAUUAACGUUGCAAAGAGGAAGGCAUGUAUUUAUGAGAAGCAAGCGAGAUGUAAUCCAUUUGAAGCAAUACCCAUGCACUAUGAACCAAUCAUCAAGGAAUUAAACAAUCAGGAACAUUCUUGCAAUUUUAUUUGUAAUAAUAAUAAAAAUUUGAAUAUUGUUAGUCAUUUUGAAAAGGCUAACAUAGCCAAUAAUGACUCAAAACACGUUUCCAAUUCUAAUAAUGAUAAUGACAAAAAGCUUGUUAUUUACCCUCAAAAUGAUUUACAACUAAAAUGGAUUAAAUUGAAUGAAACGUUAAACAUCGCUAGAAACGAAUUAAAUAGUUACAGUUCCGACGUUUAUAAAACUAAUGAUGUUCUAAAUACUCAGAAUAAUUUAUCUUUUUCUCACGAAGUUAAUGUUGAGAUUUACACAAAUAAUUUUAAUGGAACUAAUUGUGUCCAAGAUGAUAAUUUACAAAGGUAUUCUGAUCAUGGUUUCAAUAAUUUAUCAUUAUCAAAGUUAAAUGACCAAUUAUCAGUUAAAAAAAUGACAUCAAAAUCCGUUGAUGAAAUUAUCAAUUUUAAUAUUAUUAAAGAACUUCCAUUCCAAGACAGACUUUCCAAUGGAAUUAUAUCAUUUUCUGAAAUAAGAUUUUGUCUUAUUCGGAAAGCUUGCAUUGUAUUUUUAAAAAGAGCCAAGUGUUAUUUAGAUGCACACAUCUUAUCUACAACAACUUCAACUACCAAACACACUACUUUGCUUUCUGUUUUGAAUGAUGUCACUCAUUCAUACAAUUGUUACAGUUAG